AUGCACUUCAAAAGUUCACUCUUUGUUGGCCUUGCGUUGGUGGGCUCAUCGGUGAGCUCACUGCUCCCUGGCAGUCAGUACAUCUUCUCAAACCCCUCACCAGAGGCAACCUCGGGCUUCCGCAUCCCUACCGUGCACGAGUCUGCUAUUCAAGCACGCCGCAUACUUCACCUGGAAAAUAUUGGCACCUUGUCGACAGUUUUCCCAUCUGAUUCCUCGACGAGUCAAGAUGCAGUAACUCUGGAACAGCGACCCAGUGGUCUUGGGGGUGUUCCUAUCGGCUUGAUGGACUACUAUGCCGAUUGUGAGCCUGAUAGUGGCAAUCCUACCAUCCUUGCUUUGGACAUCGCUACCUCUUUCAAGAACGUUGCAGCCGGCAGUAACAUCACUUUGAGCUUGCGUUGGCAUCCGCAAGAUGGAAAUUGGCACAGCGCUGCUAGCUUGCCUAGGUUUUCUCUUGUUGGUCGUCUUGAAGAUAUCAAUGACGACGAUGCUUCGAAGGUCGCCCUCUCUGCCUGCUUUGUCAGGAACCACCCAGAUGCCGUGGCGUGGCUACCAGGAAAUCGAAUCCAUACAAGCCGCUGGGUCAGGCUCGUCGUAGAAGAUAUCUACUGGAUUGGUGGUUUCGGUGAUCGUGCUUACAUUGGUUGGAUUCCUGUCGAGGCAUAUCAGAAUGUCACGAGACAACAGAUUGAUGAUUGCAGAUUGCCUGGAGAGAAGGCCACCCGGAGUUGGUCAGAUUGGCUCUGA